AUGCACUUGUUAACGGCAUUCCUCGUUUUAAUUGCGCUUGCACGCGCAGAGGAGACAUGUCUAACAGCCAAUCAGGAUGAUCCAUACAACCAAUUUGGUACCAAGACUGCUUAUAUAUUCGCUAACAGAGGUAUUUCUAACAUCAACAGGGCUCAUAAAAUUCCGGGCUGUCAACCCAUCGCCUUCUGGUCGAUGAACAGGGCCGGUUCCACCAAUCCUGAGCCCGAUGAGAUCGAAGCUUUGCGCAAUCUCACCGAUCUCAAGCUUAACAUCAUCGAUAAUUAUAAAAAUCACUUAAGAAACACAAAUCACCAAAUGUGUCUUGCGGACCGAAUCUUACUUGAAGAAUGGUCUUGGAACCCUCGACAUAACCUGACCUUCGCUGGGGAUCUCACCAGCUAUGGUUACAUCACCACGCAGCAACUAGCACAGACUUGGAAAAGCAAGUUUCCGGAGCUGUUCACCGACAAUAGACAUGACUAUUUGUUCAAAUAUGUCAACGAUAAGCUGUUCAGUACCACCUUCAAGGCUUUCACGGAGGGCCUGUUUAAGGCUCAGGCGGAUGGACUUGAUUUACCUAAAGAGAAUGAUGAAAAACUUCUGGUGCCAUACAAAUUCUGCGAUGCAUGGAAGAAGAAUGUUGACGAAAAUAAAGAGACAUUAACACAGAGGGAGAUUUUUGAAUCCAAAUUAGAAUACAAACAAAUGAUAACCAACAUAUCGCGACGGCUUGGCUUCAAUUAUGACGUGGAGAUGGCCACCGUCCGUAACAUGUAUCAGAUGUGUCGAUACGUCAAAGCCUGGGAUGUCACUCACUACUCGCCCUGGUGUACAGUGUUUACGCGAGAAGACCUUCGAAGACUGGAAUAUGCUGAAGACUUGGAAACUUAUUAUAAAUACGGACCCGGUAAUGAGCUUAAUAAGAAAAUUGGUUGCUCUUACAUUAAGGACAUGAUCAGCUUCUUCAAAAACCAUACCGAAAAUGAAAUGGUUCAGCAGCCACGGACUGUGGUACAUCUAACAGACGCGGAGUCUAUAUUAUUGGCCGUGAACGUUAUGGAUGGUCGGGUUGAUACCACGCCCCUUACUGGCGAUAAUUAUCACACAGCGGCUGUACAAGCACGGAAAUGGACCACCUCUAGUAUAGCACCUUACAAUGCUAACUUAGCUGCCGUACUGUACAAAUGCACUCUUAACGGUAACUUUCAAAUCAACGAUCGGUACCAAGUUCUCUUCUUGGAGAACGAGAUACCUAUGUCAUUAGUAGGUUGUCGUGUCGGUCUGUGCGAUUGGUCGCACGUCUCUGCGACUCUGGGAACUAUCGCGGACAAAUGCGACUUGCAAUCAUGCAAUCACGCUACAUCACCAACUUACUUUAGCGGUAUUAGUUUUGCAUUGAGUGUCUUCAUUUUAAGAUUUACUACGUUAUAA